AAAACAUUAGAAUUUUUAAUCUUGUAAUUGGUCGAUCCACGAUGACGAGACGUCUUACAUAGAUGCGAAAUCUACUCCUCAUUCACUUUAUAAUUUUUGAGAAAAAAUAAAAUGAAAUAAGAAAUAAGGUUGUAGUUAAUUAGUUGGAAAGAGUCGAUUACCAAUAAACUCUAAGUUCCAAAACCCUCACUGCACAGACACAUUGCCACUGAUCUCCACAUUUCCAUCUCCAUUUCUCUGAUUUAGGAUCCGCAAUGGCGACAUUUUUCAGAAGACUCGCAAAGGCUGCACCAAUUGCUUUUGGAGUCCAAACUAAAUCCGCUCCUCGCCUUCGAUUCGGAGCUCUUGCCGCCAUUUCCGGUGGAAUCUCCGCUUACUACUUCUAUUCGUCGCCAAAUUUGGGGUACCUAGAUCAACUCAAUGAAGAAACUGCACCACAAGUUGCCCUAAAUCCUGAUAAAUGGAUUGAAUUCAAGCUCCAAGAGAAGGCGCAAGCUAGCCAUAAUACUCAAUUAUUUAGGUUUUCGUUUGAUCCUGAUGUGAAGUUGGGUCUUCAUGUUGCAUCCUGUCUUAUUACGAGGGCCCCAAACGGUCAAAAUGCUGAAAGAAAAACCAAAUAUGUGAUUCGCCCUUACACUCCAAUUUCAGAUCCAGAUGCAAAGGGUUACUUCGAUUUGCUUAUUAAGGUGUAUCCAGAAGGUAAAAUGAGUCAGCACUUUGCUAGCUUAAAACCAGGAGAUGUGGUAGAAGUGAAAGGGCCCAUUGAGAAAUUCAGAUAUAGUCCAAAUAUGAAAAAGCAUAUUGGCAUGAUUGCAGGAGGGUCUGGAAUUACUCCAAUGCUUCAGGUGAUAGAUGCCAUCCUUAAGAACCCUGACGACAAUACUCAGGUUUCUCUAAUCUAUGCUAAUCUAUCUCCUGAUGAUAUACUUCUCAAAAAGAAGCUCGACACACUUUCUGCCAGCAAUCCAAACUUGAAGGUAUUCUACACUGUUGAUAACCCAACAAAGGAUUGGUUGGGGGGUCACGGUUUCAUAUCAAAGCAAAUGGUAGUGAAAGGCUUGCCAGGUCCUAGUGAUGAUACUCUCGUUCUUGUUUGUGGCCCUCCGGGAAUGAUGAAUCAUGUAUCUGGUGACAAGAAGGAUCGGACGCAAGGAGAGCUGAGCGGUAUACUCAAGGAGCUUGGGUACACGGAAGAUAUGGUUUACAAAUUCUAAGCGACACCAUUUUUGAUGGAAUAAAUGAACUUGUAACACUAUAGUUAUGCAUAUUGAAUUUAAAACCUCAAAUGUGGAUCUUUGAUAACAAAAGCUGCUACGCCUUAUACGGCUCCUUUUACUUGCACAUUUUCGAUUCCAUUUUGUAAGUGGAGGAGAAUUCAUGAAAUUAGGUCGAUUACUUGUAUUAGCAUAUCUCUAUUUAUAGAGCGUGAACUGGAACGUCUUUGAAAGAUCAAUAAACUUGUCGACCCAAAUUUGAUGGA